AUGACAAGUAGCGCGCGAACAAGUGACGCUCUGAGCGUCCUCUCCCUUUGUAUCCAUGUCAUUCAAUGCGCCAGUGCAAUUAUUGUGCUCGGGAUUACAGCUUGGGCAGUCCAGCACACCAAAACUACUACCGUGAUAUACUCCCUGGUCAUCGCAAGCAAUUUCCUUCCAGUGUUGACUUUUGACUUGGCAUUCUCGUACCUUUGGCUUACGGCCUUUAUUCUCUUGGCUCGCGAUUUUAACCACGUCGGCUGUCGUGUGAUCCUCUGGAACGGGGAAACCGUUUGCAGCAGAAAGUACGCCGCUGAAGCCUUCAGCUUUAUUGCAUUCAUUGUAACUUUAGCAUCAUUUCUUGUCGAGUUUGCGUUUAUGUAUGAAGCUAAAGGCGAAACGCAUGCGGGGGAAACCAGGGAAGUCGAACAGAAUGAUGAUAUGGGUGCAUUGUCGCGAAAUCUCCAAAACUAUGGUCUGAUGCCAUGA